AUGGCGAGCCACAUAGGGCGGACAGCAACAGUGUUUGCACAACGCUGGACCAAAGGUGUCCAUCGUGCUGAUUUCAAGGCAUUCUGUGGUCUCAGCGCAUGGAGACCGCACUGUGUUCGGGUACAAAACCUUAUUCUUGCGUGUCAGCAGCGGAGUUUUUCGGUGGAACAGCUGAAGCAGAGCUUGGCGUUGCAUCCGGAAGUCCUGAGAUGCGUUUUCAUCGAAAAUGUCGCCUACGUCGUAAGGAAAGAGGAUGCGCCGAAGGCCACCAUUUUAGAUGACAGCGUGGGUGACUGGGAACUGGAGAAACAUCUCAUGCGGAAGGCCACAGAUUGGCGAAUUCCACAGAAUCUGGUGCCACAAGUGCGAGUCUUGGAUGACCUUCCUGGGCCGGAGAGUUUCGUGGUCCCUUUCUCCUUGCUUCACAUGCUGCAUGUUCUUUUCCAGGAGGUGGACGCCAGCCGGAACAAUCACAUUUGCCUGGGUGAGUUCAUUGACUUUUGCAAACGUAGCCAACUCUUCACCGCUGAUGAGGCAAGUCAGGUGUUUCUCAGCAAGCGAUCCAUGCCAACCACAUCAGAGAUUUUGUUCAGCGAGAACGACAUCUUUAAUUUGAACGAGUCGGAUCGAGCCAUGAAAUUCAAUGACUUUCAGCAGCUGAUUUUAGAAGCUGGCAUCAUUGACUUCACAUCCUUUCGCGCAAUCGGUGACCCCUUGGGAACUCCGUUGGUUUCCUUCUUUGUGGACGAACGGGUACUCCAGAUGAUCCUGACCCACUGGUUCGCCAUCUACGAUGAAGACCAGGAUGGUCAGCUGCAACUGGAGGACUACGCACGGCUGGUUGCUGAUUAUCAGCUACCCUUGACCGCUGCAGAUGAGAUCUACACAAGGGUCGUCAAAGAACGACUCGCUGGACUGGACUUGAUGGACUUCCAGUCCUUGCUGGUGAAGUCUGGGGUCUUGGCCACUGGUGCCCCAUGGAGUAACAUGCCCGGUAUGUUUCCAGACGAGCCAUGCAAUGCCUGCUGA